AUGGAAGCCGUGGGUCUCGUUCUCGGUGUCGCUGGUCUUUUCAGCACAUGUAUAGAAGCCGUGGAAAAGGUACAGUCCUAUCGCUCCUUCGGACCUGAUUCCAGCACCAUAAACACUCGAUUCCAGACUGCCAAGGUCCUUUUGGAGCAGUGGGGACGCAGUGUCGGGUUCGAAAACGGCAUCUUGUUAGCAACGCAUAACGAAAAUUUGGAUGACCCUGAUACCGUGGUUGCUGUUAAGGACGUGUUGAAUAUCAUCAAGAGUAUUUGUCAGCUCGGCAGUCAACAUCGCGCAGCUAAUGGAGCCAAUGGGUCUUUGAUUGCUGGGAGAAGGCAGAAGUUGAAAUGGGCAUUUGGCGAUAAAGAGAAGCAACAAGAACAAGUUGAGCUUUUGGAGAGGCUUGUUGAACAGCUGCGGCACUUAGUUUCGGAACAUCAUCUAGAUCCCAAAGUCUCUCAAAGCCACGCCUCAAUUGCCGACAUCAAGUCUAUUCUCAGCCGAAUCGAGAAAGAAACACGAGGCGAAAUCCGAAAAGAGGUACUUUUAUGGAUUGGCCACGGGCCCACCGAUCAGCGUUAUCACGAUUCACUACAAAAGAGACAUGCCGAAACAUGCAACUGGAUUUACGAUCGAGAAGCCUUCCAGCGUUGGCUAACUCCAGACUCUGGCUCUGGCCUCCAAGCUUUAUGGAUCAGUGGCCCUGCUGGGUUUGGAAAGACUGUCCUCGCUGCAAGUAUAGUCAACCAUCUUUCAACCACUCUUGACACGCCUGUAGCGCACUUCUUCCUCACAUCCGAGUCGAAAAGUCGGGAUGACCCAUUCUUGGCUGUACGAACCUGGAUCGCACAAGUCAUAUCUGAGCAUCAAGGUGCUUUUCAGUGUGCUCAUCAUGCCUGGGAAGAGGAUAGAGAUCCUAUUGCGCCCCGGGCAAUACACCUGAGACUCCUGGCGCAGAUCGCACAACUUAUUCCCGGCUGUGCCUUUGUCAUUGACGGUCUCGACGAAUGUGUCAAUCUUCACAACCAUAACGCCUCAGCAACUGCAUUUAUUAAAGCUAUCAACGACGCCUUGUCAACUACGUCAUCAAGAUUCUUGGUAGUCAGCCGCGACGACCCUCACAUACGCCACGCAACAGCCAAUAAUUUCAAUGAAUACACGAUUCUGUCCAGCGAUGUUCAUGCCGACACUGUUUCUGUUUCUCAAGAGAUAAUUAACAGAAAGCUGAACAAGAAAUCCGACGAGUUUCGUAACUCUCUCUCUGAAACUAUGGUCACGCGAUGUGAAGGGCAAUUUCUCUGGCUACGGCUUCAAGAAGAAUCGUUGAGAAACGGAAUGAACAUGAAAAAGCUCAGGAGUGUCGUGGAGAGUACUCCUCUUGGUCUGGAGGCACUCUAUGAGCGAGAAUGGAGCAGAAUAGUCAAAUCACCUGACUACGACAGAAUAAUUUCCCUGCUUCGAUGGGCGGCUUUUGCAAUUAGACCAUUGAACGUAGCCGAAAUAACUGAAGCCGUUUUGAUUGGCGAUUUUGAAGAUUUUCCUCUGGAUGAUCUACCAGAUGAGAUUGAUGAUGACUACGUGGAAACGGAGAUAGUUGGCCUAUGCGCUCCUUUGAUUCAGAUGAUUCAUCGGUGUGAAGACAAGGGAACGGGUAGCUUAGCUGCACGUCAAACCGUGCAUCUGGCGCACUUCUCUGUCAAGGAGUUUCUACUCACACAACUUCCUGCACCAGGAGCAAUCCAGGCCAACACAAGCUUGGUGUCUCAGUAUCAGCACACGCUUCUUGCGACGGCUUGUCUGCAGUAUAUCAAUUUUGAAAAUACAUGGGCUGAUACGGCUGAUGAUGUGACUCCCCCAGGAGCAGUACUAAGAGGCUACGCUGGAAAUACCUGGAGGCUGCACUUUAAUUCUGGGCUGACCAGCGACGAGACAGCAAUGAAUCUUGUCACUGCAUUAUUCGAUGAGGAAAACUCGGUGUGGGGUCGCUGGCGGUCGUGGUAUCACAUGCAACUCAGUAACAUUGUUGAACAAGGCAACGCCAAUGUAUUCACAAGGUGGAUGACUGAAAACUCUGGUCCGAUAUCCUACGCGAUUAUAAUGGGACUGGACUUUAUAGCCGAUAAAUUGAUUCCCGAGUAUAUUUCCGGCGUGAGGGAUAUGGCUGACGUUGAUCGUGUGGCACUUCUUAUCUCACGGGAUUUGGGACGACAAAAUAUGCUUGAGAAGCUCCUUAAGUCCGGAGUCAGUGCCAAAGCUGCGGAGCCAGACGGUACAAGUAUCUUGUAUCUCGCAGCUUGCUGCAAUUCCUCUCAAGUGGUGCAGAUUCUGAUUGACAGAGGAGCCGAUGUGGCAGCAACCAACAGAAAAGGCUUCACGCCAUUGCACGUUGCGCGAAAUGCGGACAUAGCGAGAAUACUUAUACAAAGUGGUGCAGUUGUCGAUGCCCGAGCAAAUGAUGGUCGCACACCGCUGCAUCUAGCAGCUGACUCAGAUAUUCUUGAAGUCAUUGAUAUCCUUUUGGACAUGGGCGCCACAGUUGAUGCUCGGGAUGAGAUGGACUUCACCCCUUUGCAUUCUGCUUGUGGUAGUGGUUGCCAGGAAGCAGCAAGAAGACUUAUAGCCAACGGGGCUUCUCUUGUGGGUGCAAUUCACAUGGCAUGUGCAAUGGGCCAUAAUAAGGUUGUGCAGAUGCUGGUUCAUGAAGGCGCCUGUAUAGAAGAGAGAUGGAAAGGCUCAAGUGCAAUUCAAUUGGCUGCAUGCAUGGGAAAACUCGAGACAUUUAAGCUGCUCCUUGACUUGGGAGUAAACAUACAUACAAAAGAUGAGUAUGGAGAUCGUACUUUACAUCUUGUAUGUCGGAGGGGUCAUACACAAAUCAUCAAAGCUCUGAUUGACGCGGGGGCUGAUAUUGAAGAACUAAAUACCCUUGGCUUCACCCCGUUGGCUGUUUCCUGCUUUUAUGGACACUUGGACGCCGCGAAUGCUUUGAUCGCUGCCGGGAGUCAGCUUUCUAGCAUUAUCAAGCCUCAUGGCGGGAUGUUACUUGGGAAAGCAGUUGAGAUGGACUAUACGAAGAUCGUCAACCUUCUCAUAGACAACGGGGUAGAUAUAGCGGACAGAAACGAAGAUGGGUGCCAGGCUCUCGAUAUUGCGGCCUCGCAUGGACGUACGAAACUGGUAAAACAAUUUAUCAGAUUGGGGGCACCCGUUUCGGGUGCUAACAAGAUUGGACGGACAUGUUUACAUCAAGCUUGCCUCCGCGGCAAUCUUGAGACUGUUCGGUUACUGCUUGACGCCGGCUCCGAUCUGUCUUCCAUUGACAAUAGAGGCUUCACAUGUCUCCAUUUAGCUUCCUUCAGUGAGAGCAUUGAGAUCGUGAAAGAUCUUGUUGCGAGGGGUCUUAGCAUCUCGAAGAAGUCAUUUAAGGGAUCCACUGCUUUGCAUUGUGCCGUUUCUGAAGGAAGCGUCGAGAUUGUCAAAUAUUUGCUUGACGAGGGAGCCUUGCUAGAAGAAGUAACGAAUGAUGGACAUGAUACUAUGGAUAUCGCAGUGUCCCGAGGACAACUUGACAUUCUCGAGUGCCUCAUUGAAGCUAGUCCAGAAGGCACCAUCAACAAUGCUCGCCCAAACUUUGGAGGGUCUCGACUACACAUGGCCACAUAUGGGCAUCAUACAAAGAGCGUAGAGACACUACUUUCUAUCCCAGGUAUCGAACCAAACAGGAUUGAUAAUUCCGGACGUACCGCCUUGUUGCUGGCCGCUAGAGAGGGGUUUGAUGAUAUCGUUCAAAUCUUGGUUGACGACGCCCGAGUUGACCCAAAUUUGAUCGACUGGUUCGGUUCAACACCACUUUUCGCUGCGGUCAGAAAUAACCAUGUAAAGGUUCUUGAGGUACUACUCAAGAGCCCAAAGAUCACUACAGACAUAAGAGAUGGAUAUGGGAUAGAUCUCUAUUGGUGGGCGGAGAGGUUUGAGAAUCCCGAAGUGCUAUCUAUUUUACAGCAGUAUCUUGGGGAAGAUGAGAUCUUCCCUGACGACCCUGUUAGCCCUGACCUCGACAUCAACUUGACACCUUUCGACCCUGACUUGCACUGCUGCAAUGCUUGUUUGAUCAGUACACAAGAACCAGGACUAUAUGAAGAUGGCGAUUUGGAAUUUGUUUUCUGUCCAGAUUGUUGGAGAGCGCAAGCAUGGGAGAUAUAUUAUGAACGCUUGACGGAUGGUCCGUCAGCUGCCCUCAAUCAUAGUUCAGGUGGUGCUGGGCAAGAUAAUGGGUAA